AUGCAGCAAGUAGCGACUGUUCACGGCGGGGAGCAGCCAGACCCGCUAGACAGCACCGGGCUCUGCCUACUGUCCCUAGAUGGCGGCGGCGUGCGCGGGCUGUCGACCCUGUACAUCCUAAAAGGGUUGAUGGAUCGACUGAACCAGGAACGCCCCAAGGGUUCAGCAGCAAAGAAGCCCUGCGAAGUGUUUGACCUUAUAGGCGGCACCAGUACAGGCGGAUUGAUUGCGAUUAUGUUAGGUCGAUUAGAGAUGGAUGUCGAUGAGUGCAUUAUGGCAUAUAUCAAGUUAAUGAAAAUGAUUUUUGGCAAGCCCUCGAAACGGGGCGUAUCCAGCCUUUUUGGCAAGAUUAAGCCUCAAUUCGAUGCCAGCAAGCUUGAGAGUGCAAUCAACGAAGUCAUCAGCAAUUGCGGAGCUAAACCGACCGAUUUAUUCAAUGACCAAGCUAACCGGAGUUGCCGGGUGUUUGUCUGUAGCAUCACGCAGGAGACCAAGGAUAUUGUGCGCCUUCGCAGCUACGGUAAUAAGGCCGGAAUUCGGGCCACCAUCUGCCAGGCCGCCCGUGCAACCUCCGCCGCCACUACCUUCUUCGAGCCGGUGUCGAUCGGAGCACGCAGAUUCGCGGAUGGUGGGCUCGGGGCCAACAACCCUGUGGAUGAAGUGGAAGGCGAAGCGUCUGAUAUUUGGUGUGAAGACACAGGCGACCUAAAGCCGCUGGUGAAGUGCUUUAUCUCGAUCGGCACCGGAAAUCCCGGGAAGAGGGCGAUAGAGGACAACCUGUUGAAGUUUGUUUCUAACACUCUGCCAGAACUUGCCACCCAGACUGAGCAUACGGAGAAGCGAUUCAUUGCUAAAUGGCGGCAGCAUUAUGAUAGCAAGCGGUAUUUCCGAUUCAAUGUGGACCAGGGGUUACAGGACGUCGGGCUAGCGGAAUAUCAGGAGCAAGGCUUGAUUGAGUCGGCGACAGAAGGGUAUCUCGACCACCAGGCAGUGGCGUUUCGAGUGCGGGACUGUGUUGAGAAUCUGAAAUCAAAGCAAAGUGCAACCAACCUUCAGUUCAUUACAAAGAUUCGUGAAUAUCAAAAGAGACUGGUUCUUUUAGAGCAAUGGCAGGGCCGUGCCCGGUGGCAGGUGCCGUUUGAACGGAACACCAAGUUCACAGGCCGUGGGGAACUGAUUAGCGACCUGACACAGAAAUUGGAACAGAAGUCCGAUGUCACUACAAAAAUUGCCAUCAUGGGCCUCGGUGGUGUGGGCAAGACCCAGCUUGUGCUUGAGCUAGCCCACCGCAUGCAAGAACAGUGCGCGGUCUGUUGGAUCCCCGUAAAUAGCCUGGCCAACCUCCAAUUGUCAUAUCGCAAGGUGGCUCAGAACCUUCGCCUUCCCGGCUGUGACGAAAUCGGUGUUGAUAUCUUGGAACUAGUCCAAACAUACUUCAGUGAUGAGACCAUUGGCCCAUGGCUGCUAAUAUUGGAUAAUGCGGAUGACAUAGAUCUAUGGACGUCCCCACUUACGUCUGAGGCUGGAGCUAAGCGUCUGAUUGACUACAUGCCCCGAAGCAGGCAUGGGGCGAUCAUAUGGACUACGCGCGAUCGGAAGCUAGCCACAGGAGUCGCUCGAGAAAAUGUGGUGUGUGUGCAGCAGAUGGACGAGUUUGGGGCUUCAGAGAUGAUGCAGAAAUAUCUGAUUUAUCCUAGUCGGAUUGAAAAGGAUGAUUGCUUGUUACCAGGCUUACUGCGGAAACUUACGUAUCUUCCACUCGCCAUUGUUCAGGCCGCAGCGUAUAUUAAUGUGACCGGGGAAUCACUCAAGAAUUAUGAAGCCCUCUUGUCCAAUCAAGAUGACGAGGCGGUUGAGCUCCUGAGUGAACAUUUCGAAGAUGACGGCAGAUAUGCAGACAUGGAGAAUGCAGUGGCAAAAACAUGGCUCAUCUCAUUUGAGCAGAUCCGUCGCCGCAGCUCUCUCGCGUUUGAAUAUCUAGGAUUCAUGGCCUGUGUGGACCCCAAGGACAUUCCUAGCUCGCUGCUACCGCCUUCUGAGAGUCUAUCACUUAAACAGCAAAGCGAUGCGAUCGGUAUCCUUGACUCAUUCUCAUUCAUCACUAGACAUGAGGAUGGAUUGGCGUUUGAUAUACAUCGUCUAGUACAUCUAGUGACGCGGGGAUGGCUGAAAAGGAAUGGAGAGCUGUCGGCUUACCACAAACAAGCAGUAGUGCGGCUGAGUAAACUCCUGUCAGACACCCGUCAGACCAAUCGGAUAUACUGGCGACUAUACAUAGCCCAUGCACAACACGCUGUGGGAGGGGAUAAUGAGUGCAGUAGGGAAAGGGUUAAUCUUGCUCAGAAGUGUGGGGACUGUCUGGAAUUUGACGGGCGAUACCGCGAAGCGGAGACGAUGUAUCAGAUAGUCCUCGAGUAUCGAGAAGGGGUGCUAGGGCCAGAACAUCCAGACACGCUCACCAGCGUCAGCAACCUUGGCUUAGUCCUUAAUAGCCAGGGCAAGUACGAAGAGGCCGAAGCUAUGCACCGACGGGACUUAGAAGGGUCAGAGAAGAUUCUAGGGCCAGAACAUCCACACACGCUCGCUAGCGUCAACAACCUUGGCUCAGUCCUUGAUAGCCAGGGCAAGUACGAAGAGGCCGAAGCCAUGCAUCGGCGGGCGUUACAAGACCGAGAGAUAGUGCUAGGGCCAGAACAUCCACACACGCUCGCUAGCGUCAACAACCUUGGCUCAGUCCUUGAUAGCCAGGGCAAGUACGAAGAGGCCGAAGCUAUGCACCGGCGGGCGUUAGAAGGAUAUGAGAAGGUGCUAGGGCCAGAACAUCCACACACGCUCAAUAGCGUCAACAACCUUGGCUUAGUCUUUUAUAACCAGGGCAAGUACGAAGAGGCCGAGGCUAUGCACUGGCGGGCGUUACAAGACCGAGAGAUAGUACUAGGGCCAGAACAUCCAGACACGCUCACUAGCGUCAACAACCUUGGUUCAGUCUUUUAUAACCAGGGCAAGUACGAAGAGGCCGAAGCCAUGCAUCGGUGGGCGUUACAAGACCGAGAGAUAGUGCUAGGGCCAGAACAUCCAGACACGCUCACUAGCGUCAACAACCUUGGUUCAGUCCUUGAUAGCCAGGGCAAGUACGAAGAGGCCGAAGCCAUGCAUCGGCGGGCGUUACAAGACCGAGAGAUAGUGCUAGGGCCAGAACAUCCACACACGCUCGCUAGCGUCAACAACCUUGGCUCAGUCCUUGAUAGCCAGGGCAAGUACGAAGAGGCCGAAGCUAUGCACCGGCGGGCGUUAGAAGGAUGUGAGAAGGUGCUAGGGCCAGAACAUCCACACACGCUCACUAGCGUCAACAACCUUGGUUCAGUCCUUCAUAGCCAGGGUAAGUACGAAGAGGCCGAGGCCAUGCAUCGGCGCAAUCCAUAG